UUAAGUUUAUGUCUCUGUUCUUUCUUGUAUAUAUAGACCUGAGCUGAAGCAACCCAACCACCAGUUAGAAGAGAGACUCUUUGUGAUUGAAGUUGGAAUAGUCUUUGAGAUCACAGAAAACUCUCCUUCUCAAUCCGUAGGUUUCAAGAAGAUGAGUCGAAGAAGUCCAAAGCCCGAGCUGAAGGUGAAUCUUUCGACGCCUACGUCAAGCAGGAGGAGGGUUGUUCGAUCUCCAAGCCGCUCUGCGACGACGUCACCUACCUCACCGCAAAGCUCGUGCGUCUCUUCGGAGAUGAACCAGGACGACCCGUCUGUGAGAUACUCGACAAGUCCAGAGACAAGCUCGAUGGUUCUUGUCGGGUGUCCUCGUUGUCUCAUGUACGUUAUGCUCUCGCAAGACGACCCUAAAUGCCCUAAAUGCAAAAGCACCGUUCUUCUUGAUUUCAACCAUGAAAACGCCUCAAACGCCAACGCCAACGCUCCAGCCGCUUCUUCCUCUGGUCGCAAGACUCGGAGGAACUGAAAGAUCAGUAACAAAAAAAAAAGCCCCUCCAAAAAUUCCUGUCUUUUAAUUUAUUUAUUUGCAAAUGUAGCUGUUGUUUAUGAGAGUAGUGCUAAUCACGCUCCACUUUAUAAACUUGGAGAAGAAGGUACGUAAGGGAUGAAACUAGGGUUUCAUACUCACAAAACUUCAAAUAAAAAAAGGGUGGAGCGUGAAUAGCACUAUUUUUCCUUUUUCGUAUCUUUUCUUAAUAUUUUUCUACCAUUUGAGGGUUAUCUAAUGGAAGAAAAAAAUCUAUAUGUACGUGUGUCAUUGUCUCCAUAUUCUAGUCCUGGGUCUUAUAAAUCUCAUAACGGAAUCGAUGACUUAUAUUCCAAAAAAAUUUGGUGU